GUGACGCCAUCAACCCGGCCCCUGCCAAUAUGGAAGGGAGUGACUGCGGCGUCGCUGUGGCUGGCCUUGGGGCUCAGGCUUGUGGAGCAGCUGCAGCGACAGUGAGGGAGCUUCUGCAGGACGAGUGUUACAGUGACUUUUUAAAUGAAGACUUUGAUGUAAAGGCUUAUACUUCCCAGUCUAUUCAUCAAGCUGUAAUUGCUGAGCAGCUAGCAAAACUUGCCCAAGGAAUCAGUCAGUUGGAUAAAGAACUACACUUACAGGUUGUUGCAAGACAUGAAGAUUUACUGGCACAAGCAACUGGGAUUGAGUCUUUGGAAGGUGUUCUUCAGAUGAUGCAGACAAGAAUUGGGGCUUUACAGGGAGCUGUUGAUAGGAUGAAAGUAAAAAUUGUUGAGCCAUACAAUAAAAUAGUAGCCCGUACUGCACAACUAGCAAGACUUCAGGUUGCUUGUGAUAUGCUUCGGAGAAUUAUUCGCAUUUUGUAUCUCAGUAAGAGACUCCAAGGACAACUGCAAGGGGGAAGCAGAGAGAUAACAAAAGCUGCACAGAGUCUCAAUGAACUUGAUUAUCUAUCUCAAGGAAUAGAUCUUUCUGGAAUAGAAGUAAUAGAAAAUGAUCUACUUUUCAUUGCAAGAGCUCGACUCGAAGUGGAAAAUCAGGCUAAGCGUCUGCUCGAACAAGGUGUGGAGACUCAGAAUCCCACUCAAGUGGGAACAGCUCUUCAGGUUUUCUAUAAUCUUGGAACUUUGAAGGAUACUAUUACCAGUGUCGUGGAUGGAUAUUGUGCUACUUUAGAAGAGAAUAUCAACACUGCAUUAGACAUCAAAGUUUUGACUCAGCCUUCCCAGUCAGCUGUCAGAGGGGGUCCUGGACGAUCUACCAUGCCAACCCCAGGAAAUACUGCAGCUUUUCGAGCUUCCCUCUGGACCAAUAUGGAGAAACUAAUGGAUCAUAUUUGUGCUGCUUGUGGACAGGUACAACAUCUACAGAAAGUAUUAACUAAGAAGAGAGAUCCUGUUUCACACAUUUGUUUCAUUGAUGAAAUAGUUAAGGAUGGAGAACCUGAAAUCUUAUAUACAUUUUGGAACUCAGUUACUCAGGCACUUUCUUCUCAAUUUCAUGUGGCGACAAACUCAUCUGUGUUUUUGAAACAAGCCUUUGAAGGAGAAUACCCCAAAUUAUUACGUCUUUAUAAUGACUUAUGGAAGCGUCUUCAACAUUAUAGUCAAUAUAUCCAAGGAAAUUUUAAUGCAAGUGGAACUGCUGACCUCUAUGUUGACCUACAGCACAUGGAAGAUGACACACAAGAUAUUUUCAUUCCAAAAAAGCCAAAUUAUGAUCCAGAAAAGGCUUUGAAAGACUCUCUUCAACCCUAUGAGGCUGCCUACCUGUCAAAAUCCUUAUCUCGACUCUUUGAUCCUAUCAACUUGGUUUUCCCCCCUGGUGGGCGUAAUCCUCCUUCUUCUGAUGAACUGGAUGGCAUCAUUAAAACCAUAGCAAGUGAACUAAAUGUGGCUGCUGUUGAUGUGAAUCUCACAUUAGCUGUGUCCAAAAAUGUGGCAAAGACCAUCCAGUUAUACGGUGUAAAGUCGGAGCAGCUUCUGUCUACACAAGGAGAUGCAAGUCAGGUGAUUGGGCCUCUUACUGAAGGACAGAAAAGAAACGUGGCAGUAGUAAAUUCACUGUAUAAGUUGUACCAAUCAGUGACAAAGGUGGUUUCCAGUCAGAGCUCAUUCCCACCAAUGGCUGAACAAACUAUCAUUUCAGCUCUAAAGACGAUUCAUGCUCUUAUGGGGAAUGCUGUGCAGCCCUUAUUGACUUCUGUGGGAGAUGCAAUAGAGGCCAUAAUCAUCACCAUGCAUCAAGAAGAUUUUUCUGGGUCAUUAUCCAGCUCAGGAAAACCUGAUAUUCCUUGUUCUCUCUACAUGAAGGAACUACAAGGUUUCAUUGCUAGAGUUAUGAGUGACUACUUUAAACACUUUGAAUGCUUGGAUUUUGUCUUUGACAACACGGAAGAUAUUGCUCAAAGAGCAAUUGAACUUUUUAUCCGCAAUGCCAGCCUUAUAAGACCUCUUGGUGAAGGUGGAAAAAUGCGACUUGCUGCUGAUUUUGCACAGAUGGAGUUGGCUGUAGGUCCAUUUUGCAGACGAGUAUCCGAUUUAGGAAAGUCCUAUCGAAUGCUGAGGUCAUUCAGACCUCUGCUCUUCCAGACAAGUGAACAUGUGGCCAAUAGCCCAGCACUGGGGGAUAUUAUUCCAUUCAGCAUUGUUAUUCAGUUUUUGUUCACAAGAGCACCUGCUGAGCUGAAAUCCCCAUUCCAGAGAGCAGAAUGGUCCCACGCACGCUUCUCCCAGUGGCUGGAUGACCAUCCUUCUGAAAAGGACAGGCUCCUCCUCAUCAGGGGAGCCCUGGAAGCUUACGUUCAAUCAGUGAGAAGCAGAGAAGGCAAAGAAUUUGCACCAGUUUAUCCCAUAAUGAUUCAGCUGCUUCAGAAAGCGAUGUCUACUCUUCAAUGACAAUGUGAAACGUUUGUUAAUCUCCACAUGGCAUUAAACAAUUCAAAGUUGGCAGUUAAAUAACACACACUU